AUGUCCGUGCCACCUUCGCGGGCACACUCCGAGGUUUUCUCGGCGAGCCAAUACGGAGGUGUGACCACAGUACCCGCUCCACGACCCCGUGCCUACAUCAACUAUUUCAUAUUUCCAUCUGCAGUCCUUCACGUCGUCGGAAUUGCAUGUCUCGCUGCUCUUUGGUACUACUUGAGGUUCACCAGUGUUUUCCCAUACCAUCACCGUGUGUUCUACUGUCGUGAUGUUCACCUCUACAAGCCAAACUUUGUACCAGAAGACUUCAAUGUAUACGUUUCCUAUCCCUUACUCUACACUCUUGCAUUCACAAUCCCACCACUUGUCAUCCUGAUUGGAGAAGUUAUGUUCUGGCUAUUCAGUACGAAGCCAAGGAAGAUUGUCUACGCCAACUGUGGAGAAUGUCCAGUUCAUCUUUUCACCAGAAGACUUUUCCGUUUCGUCAUUAUCUAUUUGGCCGGUCUUUUGAUCGUUCAGAUUUUCGUUGACACUAUCAAGCUGAUGACUGGAUACCAGAGACCGUACUUCUUGUCACUCUGCAAUGUUUCUAUCACUGCCUGCACAGCUCCAUUGGAACACUCUCCAUCUCCAUCUCCUCAUCUUGCUUGCAACUACAGAGGUGCCGAUGAACUCCGUUACGCAUGGCUCACAUUCCCAUCUCUUCACGCCGUCGUCUCAUCAUACGCUGCUUGUUUUGCAUCUCUCUACAUCUACUACAUGAUCAACCUGCGUGGUGCUCCACUUCUUCGUCCACUUCUUAUUUUCGGUUUCAUCGGACUCUGCAUUGUCGACUCGUUCUCACGUAUCAAUGGAUACAAAAAUCAUUGGCGUGAUAUCUGGGUUGCGUGGGUUAUUGGAGUUUUCAUGGCUUGGUUUUUGUGUUAUUGUGUUCUCUGCUUCCAAGAAGUCUAUCACAUAACCGUCGAACGUACUCCAAUUGUGCAAGAAGAACGAGUGUCUCCCUUCUUCAGUUGGUUCAGAUUGCCACGUGUUCAGGCUCCAUCAGUAAAGGAAGAAUAUGAAGUAUACGAAGAAGAUGUGGUGAGAGCUGACGGCACAAUGCCACGUCAUCGUCGUAACCGGGAUCGUCAGUACGAGGUGACGACAACAACAGAAUCCUUCCAUCGAACAAUCAGCCCACCACAACAAACUCAACAGAAUGGUGGAUAUCAGUACUAG